CGACAAUAAUGUGCGUGACAUGUAAGAUUUCCAGCAUGAGUGCCGCCACCGACCCCAACAGCAUGUUGACGACGAAUGCUGUGGCGACUCUGUACAUGAACCCGGCGGCCCGAACAUUCCACCCGCUCCUCCAAAUCAUCCACGCAAAGGAGAUCCAAGACAAGACUUCACACCACUGCGUUGUUGUCCUCUCCGAUGGCGAACAUUGUAUAUCUGGUCUCGUACCGCUAGGUGCAGUGAUCGCCACAAAUUGCGCUCGCGACAUGCAUACAUGCUGUGUCGUCCAACUCGACGCAUUCAAUCCAAAAAUCGUUGCCGGCAAUCUCAUUCUCAUCGUAGAUGGGCUUACACACGUGGCAUGCGCGGCUGGUCGUAUCGGUUUGCCACACCCAACGUUCGUCAACAUCGCCCCGCCGUCCAUGUCGGCGUUGCUGCAGGCACAAUUGGACCUCCUCGUGUUCAAGGAGACCCAACACACAGCAUUUCUCGAGUCGGUCCGAAGGAACGCGCGGGCCGCCACCACUUUGAUCACACUCAACAUCGGUGGGCAGCGCUUUCAAACUGCCGCCGCCAAUCUCCUGCGCCACACACCAUCGUACUUUACCAUGUUGCUCGCCGAUUCGUCGGGACCGCCACCACCAGACCAUGAGUACUUUAUCGACGUGGACCCGAUCCAUUUCGACCGGGUCAUGGUCCAUCUUCGCACCGGCGACCCCCUCUCGUACGACGGCCUGUCGUUGUGGGAAACGCUCCAGCUACGCAAGACCGUGCGAUUCUUGGGUCUCGAGCCCCACUGCACAUCCAUGGACGUCUUCAUGGAGCACAUGGCAUCGCUCAAGGCAACCGAUUCACCGCCGCUGCCACCGUCGUCAGCAGCGUGAACUUUGCUGGAACGUGUCCUUGGGCGUGACGUUGUCGUAGGCUGGAGAAGACCUUGUGUUGUUUGCGAUGCAAUAAAAUGCACAUUGUUCGAUGGUA